UCCAUACCAUAGUGAGGCGUUAGGUCUAGAAGCCGGUUUCACGUUGAAGCAAUGCUUCGGUGAAGGAGAACAUCGAAUCGCGCGGCGUUGCUCGCCAGCCUGAAGAGGUAGAAGGACUACUAAGGAGAGAGAGAGAGGGGGAGGGAGGGAGUGAUGGCGGGAGACAGAGAUGCUGACGAGGAGACCAGGAACAUAAUGAUGCAGAACCUCUUCGGCGAUCAGUCCGAGGAGGAGGAGGAAGAAGAAGAGAUCGAUUCCGAGCACGAGGCGGCAGCAAACCAGUCGGAUUACCCAUCGGAAGAUGUGGAAGCCGAUGCUGAAAUUGAAGUUGAUGUUGACGGUGAACAGGAGGGUGGGGAGCAAGAGGGCGAGGAACUGGAGGCAGAGGCUGAUGGUGAAUAUGAGGGCGAGGCUGAUGGUGAAGAUGCAGUGGAGGGGCAAGGCGAAGUUGAAGUGGAAAGUGAGCUGGAAGCUCAUGAUAUUGACGUUGAACAAGUUGAGAGUGAGGGUUCCCCAGAAAGAGAAGUUAGUGAUGAGAGGGCGCGGAGUGAAGGUAAGUAUGCUGAAAGUGAAGAAGAGGGAUAUGGGCAGAGGACAGCAACAAGUAGAAGGCGAGAGGUAUAUGCCAUUGAGUCAGAGGGCUCUGAAGAGAACCACUUUUCCCAGCCUCACAAUGAGGAUGAAGAAGUUGGUAAUACAAGGAAUAUAAGGUCAACUGAUGAACAAAAGGACAAUGAAGUAGUUCGUGAUGUGUUUGGAGAAUCCGAUGAAGAUGAAGGAGAGGAGUAUGGCAUUCAAAAUGAUCUUGAACAAGAUUCACAUAGGUCUACAAUGGAAGAGGAAGAAAUCUAUGAGAAGGAUCUCAAGCCGGAGGAUAUGGUGCCUGAUGAAGAUGCACAAUUUGAGUUUGAAGAUGAGAAUCUUGACCAAAAAACAAAGGAGAAACCAAUUGGUCCUCCAUUAGAGAUCAACAUUCCUUUACACCCACCUCCUGGCCGACCUGAUCAAAUGAACAUGAUUCGGGUAUCUAAUAUUAUGGGUAUUGAACAAAAACCAUUUGAUCCCGCAACACAUGUAGAAGAAGAUGCAUUUGUAACUGACGAAUCAGGAAUGAAGAAGCGUAUACGUUUAGAGGAUAAUAUUGUUCGUUGGAGAACUAUUAAAAAUCGAGAUGGGACAACCAAUUAUGAAAGCAAUGCACGUUUCGUUCAAUGGAGUGAUGGGAGUUUACAGCUGCUGAUUGGGAAUGAGGUUCUUGACAUAUCUGUCCAGGAAGCAGACCAUGAUCAAUCCCAUCUUUUUCUUAGACAUGCAAAGGGAAUUUUACAAUCUCAAGGGAGACUGUUGCGGAAAAUGAGGUUUAUGCCAUCUUCCUUAUCUUCAAAGUCACAUCGUCUAUUGACUGCCAUAGUAGAUUCACGGCAUAAAAAGGUCUACAAGGUUAAAAAUUGUGUUACGGACAUUGAUCCAGAAAGAGAAAAGGAAGAAAAAAGGAAGAUUGAAGGCCAAACUAUAAGAGCCAAUGAACAACUUAGUCGUAAAAGGGAAAAAGUGAACCGCAAAUAUUCACAACCUGUAAAUAGAGGGCGGCAACUUUCUCCUGGUUUUCUGGAAGAUGCACUUGAUGAGGAAGAUGAACACGAAGGCUACUCCAGUUCACGUAGGUCUACAGUUCGUCGUCGUUUUGAAGAUGACUUUGAAGCAGAAGCAGAGGCUGAGAAGCGUAUAAGCAAUGCUAAAAGGCCAAAUUUACAGAAAAGCACCCCAAGGAAACCACCUCUGUCUGCUGUUCGUUCAUCAAAGCGUCUUGUUGAGGAUUAUUCUGAGAGUGAGAGAGAGGAAUCUGAGUAUGAAAGUGACGGGGAGGAUAUUGAGACAUCACCAGGUCUUAAGGCUAAGGAGCUUGACUACGAGGAUGACUACGAGGAAGAGGCAGAUGAAGAAGCUGCAGGCACCAAUUCUGCAUCAGAAGAAGAGGAUCCAAGGGGAAAUGCUAGGGAAAGUAGAGGCAACAGCCUCAAGCGAAAAGAGAUAGACUCGGAUGUGGAUUCUCCACCCAGGAAGGCAUCAAUGCAUCGCAGGAAAGCGGUCGUCUUUGAUAGUGAUGAUGAGUGAUGCCUAAUGAGGAAUAGUUGCCUCCUCUGGGUGAAGUCAGUUCAAGUAUCGUGGUCAGGAUGUGUGCCUUAGCCCUGCGACAAUCGCGCAUGCAAAAAAGGUGCUGUUUGUCCAUACCAGUUUUAUUUAUUUGAUGGAAAAAGGCUGUAUGUGUUUUCUUCACCAAAAGAAAUAGGGGAGUGAUUCUCUAACCUCUUAAAGUAUUAUACGAUUCUAAUAUGUUCAUAAUUAUUCUAACGUGAACCACUAGUCCUUUUUAUCUAAAUACCCAAUGCUGGCCUACAAUAUUUAUCGAAUGUUACAAUUGAUCAUUUAAAAUAAUGAAUAUUUUUUUUAAUUUUGCAUGUUA